AUAUGCGACCUUAUCUGCGCGGGUAGGUGUUGAACGUUCAUUGCAGUACAGUAUUUGUAAAUUCGAUUUGGAAGCAGGCUCAAUGCAAAAAGGUGGCAAAGGGAGAUUUUUUUUACGUUUUUUAAUUUUCAUUUUGAGAGUAAUUUGUAUGGAGUGUCGCACUGGCACGUCUGAACGUUAGAAGAUACCGUUUGGCUGCCAUUAGGAUGCAGAGACCAAUGUCCACUUUGCGUCUGAGUCCGCAGAUCCAAGCCAAAGUCCUCAGUGCGGGCUUUCAGAUGCUCGAUGACGUUCUGCAAGUCAGCGCAUUACAGCUCAGUCGAGAGACGGGUCUGAGCCAGGAAGAAGCGCUGGAGGUGCUUCAGGCCGCGAGGAAGGAGCGGGGAGCAGAUGAAGCGGGACCAUCAAGAGACGGAGCUUCUGUCACCGCACUUGACCUUCUGCACAAGGAAGAGUCGCUCAAUCGCAUCGUGACAUUUUCCUCGCGACUGGACGCCGCGCUCGGAGGAGGGCUUCCACUUGGCAAAACCACCGAGAUCUGUGGAGCGCCUGGAGUGGGAAAAACACAACUUUGUCUGCAGCUGGCUGUGGACGUUCAGGUGCCGCCAUGUUUCGGCGGUCUGGGCGGUCAGGUGGUCUUCGUCGACACCGAGGGGAGCUUCAUGGUGCAAAGGGUGACUGACCUCGCUGCCGCCGCCGUCCGUCAUUGCAACUUGCUGGCUGAGGACGCAGAGCAACGGGAUGCCGCCGGCGCCUUCACGGUGGAACGGGUCCUGUCCAACAUCUUCCUGGUGCGUUGCCUAGACUACGUGGAGCUCCUAGCCGAGAUCUACCUGCUCCCCGACUUCCUGUCUCGUAACCCGAAGGUCCGCCUCCUGGUGAUCGACAGCGUGGCCUUUCCGUUCCGCCUGCACUUCAAUGAGCUGCGGAGCCAGCGGACCCGCCUGCUCAACGGCCUGGCCCAGCAGCUCAUCGCCUUGGCGACCAAGCACGACGUGGCGGUGGUUCUGAGCAACCAGAUGACCACGCGGCUUCACGGUGGGAAAUCCCAGCUUGUCCCUGCGCUGGGGGAGAGCUGGGGCCACGCCCCUACCCUGAGAAUCCUCCUGCGCUGGGCAGGCUCCCAAAGGCAGGCCGCCAUCGUUAAGUCUCCCGAUAACAAGGAAGCGACAGUUAACUACCAAAUCACCACGGACGGCUUCAGAGACAGCGAGCAACCGGAACAGCCGCCAAGUAAACGCACCCGAACACUCUCCAACCAACGGGACGUCUGCUAGAACAAACCACAGCGGAUGUUUGACUGGAGUUGCCAUCUGGGCUUCACUUGUAUGACCAGAGAAUAGUUCUCAAUAAGUUUCGGCGACAUGAAAACUAUCCAGAAAUGUUCACAAUAAAAUUUUCAAUUCAGUUUUAUUGAUAGUCAAAUGACAACAGAAGUUGUCUCAGGGCGCUUGACGCAUUGAGCAGGUCCAGAAGCACACAAGUGAGAGAUCAGAAGAGAGAAACAACAACAUGUCAUCCAGACAUUACUUUCGAAAGAUUCUUCAGAGUGUUUGAAAAGGAGCAAUCAGCCACCAACUGCAGCUGCAUCGAGUCAUUCUGCAUUUAAAGACACUUGAAAAACAUAUAAUAGAUGUAUUACCACGGAAGAAUUCAAGUGUACCCAAAUAAAGGAAUACGGGAUACUUUCUGGGCAGCAUGGUGGAACAGCUGCAGACCAUCGGCCUUCUCAGUUCUGAGGACCGGGGUUCAAAUCCCGGCCCCGCCUCGUGUGGAGUUUGCAUGGUCUCCCCGUGCCUGCGUGAGUUUUCUCCGGGAUCUGCGGUUUCCUCCCAAAGGCCCAAAACCUGCUUUAAUUGGACACUUUAAAUUGACCCUGGGUGUGAUUGUGAAUGCAACUUGUCUGUCUCUAUGUGCCUUGCGAUUGGCUGCCAACCAGUCCAGGGUGUACCCUUCCUUUUGCCCGAUGACAGCUCGGAUUGGCUUCCUCACUCCCGAGAUUCCUCGUGAGGGUGAGCGGCCCCGGAAAUGGAUGGAUACUGUCUUAAAGCUCAUACAUGGUGUUUUAUUGAAAGGAUCGGUGCUGGUCGGCGCUCAGGAGACAAAGACGACACUCAACAAAAGACCAACGUUCCCAAAUGCUAUUUAGCCUCAAUAACUGGCAUAUUUAUUUCGACCAAAUGCAAGUUCUCAAAACACAGUUGACAUUGCGUGAAAUUAAUUCUUAUAAGCCCCUUACCUAUGCC